AUGGAACAGGUCCGGAACAGAGGUUGGAGUUCUCGGUGGAUUCCUAAGGAUACUCCAGACAUCGAUUGUAAGAUUGAGCAGCUCCUCCGGCUGGAGAUUCGGUUUCCUCCGUUACGCCCUCAGUUCGGAAGUUAUGAUCUGGAUCUCUCACAGAAGCACAUUUACUUUUAUGGCUUAACGGCAACGCUAACUUGUCUCGAAGCUGCACAUAUCCGGAUGCCUGCAAGCCUGCCUUCGCAAAAUCAAGUCGUUAUGAACGCGUUAACAUAUAAUGAUGUUCGCCAUCCUGUCGUAUGGAAAAUCUUCGUCACUCGUGCGGUUGAUCAGGGAUUAUUUAGUCGCGCGAGCGAUUCCUUUCUUGAUAGCGAGAUGUGUUUCAGUUUAGUCGCGUCACUAUUUCUCCCAGACCAGCUCUCUUCCGCAUCAUCCUGGAUAACUUUGGCGGACACCGCAGCUGAAUGUUUCCCUGACGAAGUUCUCGAUAAUCUUCUCUCCUUCUUUGAAAACUUUGAUUUGCAUCAGGAGUCUAUGGAACGUCGACCAAGGCCGGCACUUCUGCUCGCAAUCAUGCGUCUCUUGGUACUCGACUCGGAACACUCCGAGUUAAACUUGACCGGCGUUCAUUCGAGUCAGCGUCGCUUCUUCCAUAAUAAUUCUACGAUCUCCAAAUACCCACUGUUAACCAUUGCAUUGUAUGCCAUUAGUAGGGGCAUUCACGAUCCUGACACUUCACCUUUUCUAUUUUGUCAUCGUGGAGUAUUCGAGGCGAUACUCCCUUACAUCACAUCUGAAUUAUUCGUUGGGACUUCUACACAUUCUCAGAAAGGCUUGCCACAGUACGGGCCCCUCGUUUCGACAUGUUGUGCUCACGCACUUGCAUGCAUGGCUUCGUUUAUAGAGCAAGGUUCUGACUUUGGCGGCGUCGUGCCGCUCACUGAAUGGGCCACGAGGUCCCUAUUUUCUAAUCUCCUUCGCGUCCUGGCCCAAAGGGAUGAAUAUUAG